UUCGAACCAUCGGCACUCACCUAAAGUUACAAAAUUGUCAUAGAGAUGGAUCAUAACUCGUCUUGUAUACAAAAGAAACAAAAACCAACCUUGUGUCGUUAGAGAUAAGUGAAAUACUAGCUAGCUUGAUGGAAAAUUUAAUUAGCUUGAUUUUCUUCACACCCAUGAGCAAAAAUCUAGAAAAAGAAAAUAUUCCAAAUUGCUUUACAGCCCUCCAAAUAUUCUCACCAAGGAAUUGGUGCUCUAGCUUUCUCCUUAGUGCUUCUCAUUCACUGUAAACACCAAACAACGCUAACCUCUCUCCACCAUCCACUCAAAAGUUGCUCUCCCAAGAUCCUCCCAUCUUCUCCAAUGGCUACUACUUCUACUACUCGGAAGCAGCUUGAAGUCGUAAGAGACGAUAAAACUCCGCAGAAAUGGUGUGUUUUAUUGAGAGAAGACGUGUUCAGAAGAUUCAUGUCUCAGGGCAGUCCAAAUCCAACAAUCCAGAAGGUCUUUGGUGGUGCAUCUUUUUUCAGUCCUUUGUUGUUUGGGAAAUUUUUUGAUCCUUCUGAUGCCUUCCCACUGUGGGAGAUUGAGUCAGAUAUCUUUCUGUCUGGUCUCAGAAGCGCUGGUCAAAACACUAUUGAUUGGUUUCAAACAGAUCAAGACUAUGUCCUUAAAGUAGAGCUACCAGGAGAAGGGAAAAAUAAUAUUCAGGUGUAUGCUGAAAAUGGGAAGGUGGUGGAAAUUAGUGGGCAGUGGAAGCAGCAGCAGCAAGGAGGAGAGUCCAACUCCUCGAAGAGCGCAAAGGAUUGGAGAAGUGGGAAUUGGUGGGAACAUGGUUAUGUUCGGAGGCUUGAGCUCCCACAAGAUGCAGAUUCCAAAAGGAUAGAGGCUUCUCUCACUAAUGACCUACUUUUGGAACUCAAAAUUCACAAGAUCAACAACAAACCCUUGGAUUAUGAGGCUAAUGCAAAAGAUAAUGAUGCAGAUUAAGUUCAAAUAAAACCCAAUAACAUACUAUUUGUGACUUGUUAAAUUUUGACAUACUUGUGACAUAAACUUGUGUGAUGUGAUGACGUACUUUUAUACAACAGAGUUUUUUCA